UUUUUUGAGCCCCUGGGUGUGUCGACUGUCUGAGCUUCGGUCUGAGCAAACAAUCGUCCAACGCUGAAGUGUUUCAGACGCCAAACUGCGUUUACCGCCGUUUUCUUUCCUUGUCUACAGUUCACCGACUCUUUGUCUCCGACAUCGCCAUGGGAGUGGAAGGCUGCACCAAAUGCAUUAAAUAUCUGCUCUUCUUCUUCAACUUCAUUUUCUGGUUGACAGGGGGAGUCAUCCUGGGCGUGGCCCUGUGGUUGAGACAUGACCCAAAGACCAGUAACCUGCUGGAGCUGGAGUUCGAGGGAACCCACCCCCCCAGCACCUUCUACAUAAGCGUCCACAUCCUUAUCGCCGUCGGCGCAGUCAUGAUGGUCGUUGGUUUCCUCGGCUGUUACGGUGCCAUCCAGGAGUCCCAGUGUCUGCUGGGAACUUUCUUUGCCUGCCUGGUGAUCCUGUUCGCUGCUGAGGUUGCUGCUGGAAUCUGGGGCUACAUGAACAAAGACAAGGUGUCAACCGAGAUGAUCAACUUCUACGACUCUGUUUACGACAAAGGAAUCACCCAGAGCGUGACCACUGACAAGGGCAAGGAGCAGGCCGCUGCCACGGUGCUCAAGGUCUUCCAUGAGACGCUGAGCUGCUGUGGCAAAGGUGUGGGCACGUCCAUCGUGACCCGCAUCACAGACAGCAUGGGCAUCACCGAGCUCUGCCCCAAUAAAGACCUGCUACAAGUGAGCUGCCACCAGAGGAUCCAAGAGCUGUUCUCAGAUAAGAUUUAUCUGAUCGGUAUCGCCGCCCUGGUGGUUGCAGUUAUUAUGAUCUUUGAGAUGAUCUUCAGCAUGGUGUUGUGCUGUGGGAUCCGGAACAGCCCUGUGUACUAAAAACCACAGAGAAACAGAAGGAAGGACGGGUGCCAGCAGAUGGGCUAAUGAAGGAAGGAGGACAUCUCCGUCUUGUCUCCAACUCUGUCUUUUCUUUUCUCAACAUCACUUCCUGACAUAUUUACUGCUUGCUGGAUUUAAUCAGCUCCUGAAGAAGUCCAAACCACAAAGUCUUCUUUGGAGCCUUUUCAUCAAAGUCUGAAGAUGAUCAAAAUAGAAAUAUAUAUUUUUUGUUAGUCACAGUUGCUGUGGAGCAUUUUUGACCCGUGUUCUUCUGUCAGUUCCACACCGGUCUGGUGCUGGGAUCCUGAGCAGAGGUUCCUAAAGUUUACAGUGCAGCUCCCUGCUGGAACCUGACAGGUACUUCAGGUUUUUUUUUUUUUAAACUGUCAGUCUGAAGUACUGAGCUGAAUGAUUACUCUGUGAGCGCCCCCUACUGCUACAACUCACCUGAAACAUGGCCUGGCUUUCAUUGGCUUUGGGGCGACACCAGGAAUGUGUUCACUGUUUUAUGACAGAAAAUUCUUUUGCCAUCUGAAAGAUACUUUUUCCGCACCAAAGUCCAUAGAGAAAAUGAGCGAUUUUAGCUUGUGAUCCAGAGGUUCAAUUCAGCCUCUGCCUCAGUCUGUUUAACAUGGUGUUGUAAUUUCAGUGUUCAGGAACCUGCUGUCGGAUUAACCUCCUGAACACUCGAGGCAGCAGUGAGCAGCAGAUUUUUUUUACUAUCAACUAAAAAUGCUAAUUUUCUCUCUGGACUUUGGUGCAGGAGAGUUAGUCAUCAGAAACUUAAAUUUUUUUUUAGUCACAUUUCUGUCUGAGAGUGUGAUAAAACACUAAAUCUAAGUUUUGCCAAAAGGGGGCGCUCUCACAGCAGGUCACACUUAAUGUUUGCUGUUUUACUUUUGGUCGUUUUCUGUUUUCAAUUCAUCACAGUGAACGCUACAAUUUUUUAGUUUUCUUUUUUUGUUCUUAAAAAAACACAUUUAUAAAAGUUAAAAAACUAACCUUGCAUUUACUGCCCCCUUCUGUUCACACUGGAACUAUUCUCUCCUAACUAUCAGGUGAUUAUUUGUGAUGUUAUGCGUGCAUCACGUGCUAUAUCAGCUGACAGGAAGUGGCUUUAGGUCACCAGGAAUUUGGAGCUGUGCCAUUUUAAACUUAGUAAAUUUCUGCUCCCAGGAUUCAUCGUCCGUUUACUGCCCACAAACAUGCUCUUUAGCCUCCAUUAUCCAUGCCCUCUUUUUGUUUUACUGUUAUGUAUGAAUGAAACUGUAUAUAAAUAUAUAUAUAUAAAAAUAUUAACAGUGCUUUAUGACUGCAUGAGCAUGGACAUUAAUAGACUAAGCUCCGCCCCCUUUCCUGUUAUAACUCCUGGUUUAUCUAACCUAAACUGCAGUGUUGGAGAAAACAGAUAAAAGCCAGUGUUCAUUCUGUGACAACAGGGUGAAGAAAACAAACACGCUUGUCGUCGUCCACAUGAGGUCUCGAGUCCCUGCUGGCUGAAUCGGGAACAUCGGCUUAAAACGUUCCAAUUAAAAGUUUAGACUCAUAUUAGACUUACAUUACUUUUUAAAUGCCUGGUGGCUUGAAGAUCUAACACAUGGGGGCAGUCUUUCAAUGCUGACUGUGUUUUGUACAAUAUUUGUAGUAAUGAAGUCCAGGACUUGUGGACUAAUGACCCAUGACUUGGACUACAGUGUGAAAACUUACAGAUUUAACCCAGUGACUUGGACUUGAGACCCUGAGGACUUGACUUGCACUUCCUCCUCUAGUACUGGGACUCUUACCUAGACCAAUGGGAUUUGGCUUGAUUUGAUUCAAAGUAUUUUUGAUGACUUGGGCCUGAACAUGAAAUCCUGCAACUUUGACUCAGAACCCUUAAGCGCUUGUACUUCCUGUUCCGUGACUCUGAGCUUAACCCAGAGAACUCAGUUUGGAUCAGCUGAAACUCUUUUCUGACUUGGACCUGGUUCCUGAGAACUGGACUGUGACACUCGACCUACCGUUCCCUCGACCAUAACAAAACAUAUAUCCCAGUUUUAUAAAUCAGUGAUGUAGAAAAUUAGCAGCGUUGUUAAUAUUUGUUUUUUUUUCCAGCAGCGUUCAGUCAGUUUAGAUGGUUUCCACCAGUGGGCGCUGUUGCCUUCAUUUUUUUCUACUACGUUGGCUGUAAAACUUGUUCAUGCAGAGCUUCUGUUUGUUCACGCAGCGUUUGUUAGCCCGUGCUAAAUAACCUUUGUCGUAAACUGAGAAACAGUUAAAUGUGUGGUAACAUUUACGGCUUUGACGUAUCGUACUAAUGAAAGUAAUGUUGGCUGUAAAAAAAAGUCGAUAUUUGCCUUGUUUUUUGCUCUUUUCUCUUUGUAUCGUUGUAUCUUUGUCUGGUACGAGUCUUUAGCUGAGAAGGUGGCGCUGCAGGUGAUGGCAGUGACCCCAGACAAACUCCACCGUCGCCCACAAAUCAUUUAAUUGUUGAGAAAAGUCGCAGCUGUCGGACGAAAUUUCAUUUAGCGUCGACGCAGUGUUUUUGCUCCAAUUUGGCCCCAUUUGCUGCCUUACAAAGUGGCUCAGUGCUGCCACCUGCAGCUCCGAUUCUCUGCUCCUCUAGACAUUGGUUUGCCCAAGUAUAAAAGGGAUUAAAUGUCUUUUACAAAUAAAACCCAA